UUUUCCGUAGUGUCUGAACAAAUGGCCAGAACUGGUGAGGGUCUCAGGAGAGGCCCGUGGGGGAGCUUGGUGCUGCUGGGUCUGUACAGUUGGGCUGCGAUCGCCAGGGGAGAUGCCCCAGCCCCAGUGAGAAACCUGACUGUGGAAGGGCAGAGCAGCAACUCCAUCAUCCUGCGCUGGGCCGGCCCCGAGGGCGCGGAUGCCCACAACCUCACCUACUGGGCUCAGUGCACUGGACAGGGAGGCAGGACUGAGACGAGAAACACAACAGACACCAGGGUCACCGUGGAUAGACUCCAACCUGCGUCUUCCUAUGUGUGUUCUGUGUGGGUGGAGAAAGAUGGAGUCCUGAGCUCCAGUGAGAAUCUCACUGCCUCCACAGCCCCAGCCCCAGUGAGAAACCUGACUGUGGAAGGGCAGAGCAGCAACUCCAUCAUCCUGCGCUGGGCCGGCCCCGAGGGCGCGGAUGCCCACAACCUCACCUACUGGGCUCAGUGCACUGGACAGGGAGGCAGGACUGAGACGAGAAACACAACAGACACCAGGGUCACCGUGGAUGGACUCCAACCUGCGUCUUCCUAUGUGUGUUCUGUGUGGGUGGAGAAAGAUGGAGUCCUGAGCUCCAGUGAGAAUCUCACUGCCUCCACAGCCCCAGCCCCAGUGAGAGACUUGAUCGUGGAAGGGCAGAGCAGCAACUCCAUCACCCUGCGCUGGGCCGGCCCCGAGGGCACGGACGCCCACAACCUCACCUACUGGGUGCAGUGCAUUAAAGAUGGAGACAUUGUUGAGACACAAAACACAAGAGAGACCAGGGUCACUGUGAAUGGGCUCGAACCUGGGUCCUUGUAUGAAUUUUGGGUGUGGGCAGAGUUCAAUGGCAUCUACAGCUCCCAAGAGAAUCACAGUGCUGCCACAGCUCCUAAUGCUGUGACCAGCCUCCGUGUGCAGGAGCAGACCAACAGAUCCAUCACCCUGACCUGGAUGGCACCCAUGGGCCCCGGCCAGCACAGCUACACCUACUGGGUCUUGUGGGACCAGGAGGGCAGGGCCGCCACCAAGCCCCAAAACACCACAGAGCCCAGCAUCACACUGAAGGGCCUGGCAGCUGGGAGCCUGUAUAGUUUCAUUGUGUGGGCCGAGAGGAACGGGGUGGAAGGUUCUCCCAGCCACCUCACUGGGGCCACAGCUCCCAGUCAGGUCAUGCUCCUGAAUAAGGAAGGUCAGACCAAUCGCUCAGUGACCUUGAGGUGGGAGGCCCCUGCGGACCCCCACUCCCAGCUCUACACCUACUGGGUUUACUGGGCCAGCGAAGAAAAUCCUCCCAGGACACAAGAUCCCCAGUGGCCCUGGGUCAACUCGACAGGCAGGACCAAUGACACUUGGUAUGUGGCACAGGCCCUCAUGCCUGGUACUUGGUAUAACUUCAGCGUGUGGGCAGAGAGAAAUGGCAUCUUCAGUUCGACGCAGAGCCUCCGGGCACCCACAGCCCCAGGCACCGCCACCAUCACCUCCUGUGUCAGCACCUCAGGGGGCUAUGCAGUCAUGCUGACCUGGUCCUGCCCUGCUGGGGGCUAUGAGGUCUUUGAGGUGGAGGUGGGUGGGCAGCGGCCCUCCCAGAACCAGUCUUCCUGUGAGAAGGGUGUGUCCGUGUCGGGUCUCAAGCCAGCUCAGUCCUACACAGCCACCGUCACCACCACCUGGAGUGGAUUAAGGGCCCAAUCAGCCUCUACAACCUGCCACACAGAGAGCACAGGGGUCAUUGUGGGAACCAUUGUGGGUGUCCUCCUGUUUCUCAUCCUGGUAGGCCUCCUGAUUUUCUUCUUGAGGAAGAGGAAUCAGAAGCAGCAGCAGAAGGUCGUACCCAAGGAUCUUAUGAUCAGCUCCCCGGGGGACAUCCGGGCCGAAGACUUUGCUAAUCAUGUUACAAAAAAUGAGAAGGACAGCAGCUAUGGAUUUGCAGAGGAGUACCAGCAAUUGACCCUGGAGAGCCAAGGCCAAUCUCAGAUGGUGGCUUCUGCUCCGGAGAACAUGGCCAAAAACCGCUACAGGAACGUGCUGCCCUAUGACUGGUCCCGGGUACCACUGAAACCCCUCAGUGAGGAGCCAGGAUCAGACUACAUCAAUGCCAGCUUCAUGCCGGGUCUCUGGAACACCCAGGAGUUCAUUGCAGCCCAGGGACCCCUGCCCCAGACGGUGGGGGACUUCUGGCGCCUGGUGUGGGAGCAGCAGAGCCACACCCUGGUCAUGCUGACCAACUGUGUGGAGUCUGGCCGGGUGAAGUGCGAGCAUUACUGGCCUCUGGAUUCUCAGCCCUGUACCCAUGGGCUCCUGCGGGUGACACUGCUGAGUGAGGAGGUGACAGAGAACUGGACAGUGAGGGAUCUUCAGCUCCUCCAUGUGGAGGAGCAGAAGACCCUAUCUGUGCGGCAGUUCCAUUACCUGGCCUGGCCAGACCACGGUGUCCCCCACUCCCCAGAUCCUCUGCUGGCUUUUUGGAAGAUGCUUCGUCAAUGGCUGAAUGAGACCCCGGAGGGAGGCCCGCCCAUUGUGCACUGCAGUGCUGGUGUGGGCCGGACAGGCACCCUCAUCGCCCUGGACGUCUUGCUCCGGCAGCUGGAAUGUGAGGGGCUUGUGGGGCCCUUCAGCUUUGUGAGGAAGAUGAGAGAAAGCCGCCCGCUGAUGGUGCAGACAGAGGCCCAGUAUGUGUUCUUGCACCAGUGUAUCCUGAAGUACCUCCAGCAGUCAGCCCCUCCCUCCACCCAGAAGGAGGCCAUGUAUGAGAACGUGGCCGGCCUCAUCUACCAGAACACAGACGCCAUUCGGGCUUAUCAGCUGGAGGUCUGAGCUAUGGAGGGCCAAGCCUGCCUUCAGCUGACUCAAGCUCUGGAUCCCCACUGGAGCCCAGA